ACUUGUUAUCUGUUCCACUCUCUUGCGUUUUUAUCUGAGAAAAACCUUACUUUUUUUUUUCUGUAGAGAAUCGAAACCAGAGAGCUUCUCGAUCUUCUUCUUCUUGUUGUUUUGCAAAAAUCCUUUUUAAGUCUUUGAAAUAAAAAAAAAACCCAUUUCGAACCAGUCCCUUUUCCUUCAUUUUCCCGGAAAACUUGCAGAGAUUCCCAUCUGGGUUCUCGCUCAAAAAACCAAAAAUGGAAGCUUCAUCACCAGUUUCCAUGCAAAAAACUCCACUCCCUGAGGCUUCUCCGGCGAAGCCAUACAAGAAGAGCUUCGUCACGACACUAAAAGAGGCAGCAACGACACUCCGUUCGCCGUCGUUUAAGGAAGACACGUACGUCGUUUCCCACCUCAAGUCAUCAGAGAAGAAAGCUCUGCAAGAGUUCAAGGACAAGUUAAUGGCUUCCGAUGCCUGUGAAGCCUCCAUGUGGAGCAUUCCUCUCUUGGGGGGUGACGAGAAAGCUGACGUCAUCCUCCUAAAGUUUCUCCGUGCCAGAGACUUUAGGGUGGCCGAUUCGUUCAACAUGCUGUCGAAGUGUUUGGCCUGGAGAAAAGAGUUCGGAGCCGACGUCGUUUUGGACGAGGAGUUAGGGUUUAAGGAGCUGGAAGGAGUGGUGGCUUAUAUGCAAGGCUACGACAGAGAAGGACACCCUGUUUGUUACAAUGCUUAUGGAGUUUUCAGAGACAAAGAUAUGUACGAGAGAAUAUUUGGGGACGAAGAUAAGCUGAAGAAGUUUCUGAAAUGGAGAGUUCAAGUUCUUGAGAGAGGUAUAAACCUUCUCCAUUUCAAGCCUGGUGGAGUUAACUCUCUUAUUCAGGUCACUGAUCUUAAAGACAUGCCCAAAAGAGAGCUCAGAGUCGCUUCAAACCAGAUCCUCUCUCUCUUUCAAGAUAAUUAUCCUGAAAUGGUUGCUCGUAAGAUUUUCAUCAAUGUUCCAUGGUACUUCAGCAUGCUAUACUCUGUUUUCAGUCCCUUUUUAACUCAAAGAACUAAGAGCAAGUUCGUGAUUUCUAAGGAAGGAAAUGUAGCCGAGACACUUUACAAGUUCAUUAGGCCUGAAGAUGUUCCUGUUCAGUACGGUGGACUGAGUCGACCCAGCGAUUUUCAAAAUGGUCCUCCAAAACCAGCUUCUGAGUUCACUGUCAAAGGUGGAGAAAAAGUAAACAUUCAGAUUGAAGGCAUUGAGGCUGGUGCAACAAUCACAUGGGACAUAGUUGUGGGAGGGUGGGACUUGGAGUACAGUGCUGAGUUCGUGCCAUGUAAUGAAGGAAGCUACACCAUAGCAGUGGAGAAGACAAGGAAGGUCAAUCCAUCUGAGGAAGCUAUACACAACUCCUUCACAUCUAAAGAGCCAGGCAAACUGGUUCUCUCUGUUGACAACACUACUUCCCGGAGAAAAAAAGUGGCUGCUUAUCGUUACAUCGUCAGAAAAUCCACUUCCAUCUAAAGAGAAAAAGAGUUAAAAUAAAAGGGAAAAAAAUUAAUAUAAUGUUAUGUAUUUUUCACUCUUUUUUUUUUCUUACUAUUAUUAUGUUCUUUUGAUGGUCUAAUUUGAUGGGUUGUGAACUCUUUUUUUUUUUUUAAAUAUAGUGUACUGGUUGUAAUAUAAAAGAAAUGGUGGGUAAUAUAUGCUUAAUGUAGAAGAAAGUGGUUUAACUUUGCUUA